CAUCAUAGUCGUCGUUGUCGUCGUCGUGCGGACCAUUUCGGAGCGAUUCGGUGAGCGUUAGCACUGUAACGCUGCGAUGUUGAUUAUCCCGUUGCAAAAACUCCAUCUUUGACUUUCUCGGUGUAGCGGCCGCGCACGCACGCACAGGACACACAAUUACCGAAUAUUUUUGUGGUGCAUUGUAUUUUAAUGAGUGUUGUCGAGCGGAGAAAAAGGUUGCAUUUUAAAAUUAGAGCAAAUAGCAAUUAAAACGACGAGAAAAACGGGUAACGUCAAUAUAAAGGCAAAGUUGAAACGUGUUUUAGGGCCACAGACGGCCGCCAUAAGUCCGCGCAGUAAAAAAUUGAACAUCUGGGUCGCAGGCAGGAUUCAACUAUCACGAACCUUCGUUGGCGUUUCCCGUGUAAACGACCACCAGUGAAAUCCCUCGGGCUGUCAUCGAGCACAAGUUGUUUUAAGAAAUGAAGAUCGCCUCUUUUACCAGCAGUUAAUGAAUGGUAAAACGCAAAGCUCUGCUGCGUCCGAUCACGAUCACCCAUGGCAAUGAUUUAGUGGGCUGCAGCAAAAACAAAACUCGUCCAGUUUCCAUCUUUCAAUCUGCAUCCAACUCAUCUAUCUGCAAUCUACCAACUCAGAAGAACAGCUAAUAAAAUCGUAUUGGACCUAUUGCGAGGAACAAGUGUUUGAGAACGGGUGAAGCUCCGACCACCAUUGUUCUGCUUAGGACGGAACAGGUGACUUCCAAUCCGGUACUCGUUGUACCCGAAUCGGCGAAGGCGUCUUUGCGUGUCAGUGGACGAGGGGAUUCUAGUGACCACGACGACAGCAACGGCAGCAACGACGGCGUCGACGGCGGGUGCAGCGAGGCGAAUGGUGGGCGUGGUGGUAAAGGAGAAGGGCAGCAGUGGCAGCAGCACCGGCUCGACAAUGUCGCGAAGCGUACGCGCGGAAACGCGCGCCAGCAAGAAGGACGACGUGAAGAAGCUGAUGCUGUCGAUGGACCGCGUCCGGCACUGGGAGAAGAAGUGGGUCACCAUCGGCGAGACGUCGAUGAAGAUCUACAAAUGGGUACCGAUCUCGACCAACGACAAGAAGCCGAAGACGACGACCGGCACUGCCAACGGGACGCCGGGGACGACGAAUUCUUCCGGUGGUGCUGUCGGUGGUGGUAAAGCGGAUGGCAGUGGUGCCGCCUUACCGGGCGGCGGCACGAACGGAGCCACUAAUAGCAACAACAACGGCAACACGAACGCCACCAACUCCUCCUCCUCCGUCACCGCUAACGGCAACAGUAGCAAUAGUAACAGCAACAGUAGUGAAAAUAAGGAAAACAACAGCAGCCGAAAGCAACCACUACCGAAUGUCGGCACGGACUCGAACUCCAACUCCAACUUCGGCCUCGCCGAGGACUCCAAUACCUGUUUCUCCAUCGUGAGCGACUCGCAGGGCGCCACCGACUUUGUGUCCAACAUGUUCUCGGAGGACUCGAACUCGCAGGGUAGCGACAGCGCGCAGCCAAAACGGAUGAAAACAGAGUAGAACAAGCGACUGCUGUUCUCAAAUCGCCACCGUGCUGCGUACUUCAUCGUCGUCAUCGUCGGCAUCCUGCUUUAGUUUGCUUACUGCAAAACAACACACAACGCUCUCGACGGAUCAACCAAUUCCCAUCAUGCCACCGCAAUCAACCAUGCUCGCCAAAGUGUGUUACAUUUCCGGUUCCAGUCUCGCAGUGCCCUGUAGCGAGGAUAAAAUGGAUACUCUCAUUAACAGCGUCAAGAUCGCGCAAUGAACGACGCCAACCCAAACUUUGAUGUACCAAGACUAUACGGGAAGGGGAAGCAGGUUGCGAAAAGAGCUGUAUAGGAACUCUAUUGCAAGUCACAGCACGAGGCACAAAACAAAAACCAUUCUUGCGAGGAAAUUAUAUGUACAAAACAGGAUGCAUUAGAAAGCGAAUUAAUUCCACUACUUUGCAGAGGUACCACGACACGACGGUGAAGCGAUAGACACAUAGAACUUAGAGUGUAAGAGUAAGCUUUUCCUUAGUUUUCUUUUACCUUGAUUAACGUAGGUUACAUUAUGUAUGAUUUUUUUUUAUAGAUCCAGAUAUUAUUUGUUUGGCUUAAAACGUAGGUUGUAAUGUGUAAAGUUAUUUUUCGUAUCAGGUUUUUUUUUAUGUUUCGCGUACCAGCUCGAGAUAAUAGUGAUCGACUACGCCAUAGUGGACGGUCGAAGUUUGGCAUAAACCGGCAGCACAUCCGAACGGAAGGAACGCCGGUGAUGAGGCGCCCGGGAGGAAGAAGGAGAUUUGCAUUUUCAAUUGUAAAAAACAAUACGGCAGUAACGGAUAUCGUGAAAGAGCCCGAAAGGGGCGAGGAGAAUAGUGUGCACGAUGAGUUUUUAUAGUAAGAUGUUGAAU